AUGUCUUCUAUCUCUCCUAACGUCAAGAAGAGGCUGAUAGUCUGUUCUGAUGGCACCUGGAUGAACUCUGAUACGGGCUACUCGAAGCCAACGUUUUGGAAUCCCGUGGGAAAGCUGCAGACGCCGUCCAACGUCACGCGGAUAUCGCGCUCGUUGCGCCGCACCUGUGCCGACGGGGCUAUCCAGAUCAUCGAAUACCACUCGGGCGUCGGCACCGGCGGUACCCUGUCGGAUGUCCUGUCGGGCGGCGCCUUCGGGCUCGGAAUCUCCGAGAACAUCCGUGGGGCAUACUCGUUCAUCUGUGCCAACUACUGCGACGGCGACGAAAUCAUACUCGUUGGGUUUUCCAGGGGUGCGUUUACCGUCAGGUCCGUCGCCGGCAUGGUUGGGCAGCUCGGGCUACUUACUCGCGAGGGCAUGGAGUUCUUCUACCCUAUCUAUAAGGACAUGCAGAACUGGCAGACGCCCAACUACGAGGACCCGUUCCCGAGCAUCCCGUUCGACGACAAGCCCAGGGGCGAGGAUGCCGCAAGAAAAAUGACUCGGGUCUAUGAGGGCACUGGCAGCGGGGCCCUGAUCAAGGUCAAGGCAGUCGCUGUGUGGGAUACCGAGCGCACGGUGGCGAACCGAGGCACUACCGAGCUCCGCCAGGUCUGGUUCCCUGGAAACCACGGUAAUGUGGGAGGCGGCUGGCAGGAUGCCGGCGUCGCCAACAUGUCUCUCGCAUGGAUGAUGGACCAACUGGCUUCGAUCGGAGUCGAAUUCGACGAAGCGACCAUCACGCGAAUAUUCACGCGGCUCGAGCACCACUACCGCUCCAAGGCUGAAGAAGAACAAGGCGAAGAGAUCAAGCUCGCGAACCAGCCGCCGCCGCCCAUCACGUCUGAGGACGCGGUGGCGUCGUCAGAGGAGCCCGACAGCAACGACACCGCCGGGUGCUGUGGGCUGUUCGCCAAGCUGGCGCCCGAGAAGAAGCGCUGGGCGGCCGAGCCCAUCUACCGGAGCAACGCGCCUGUGCGGCCGUGGGGGCUCGGAGGUAUCUUCGGCGCCGAGGGCUUCAUGAACAAGGUGGUGGGCUACAACGUGCGGAGCCCGGGCAUGUACAAGAAGGUUGACCCCGAGACGGGCGAGGAGACGCGCGCGUUCCUCGAGGAUACCAACGAGCGCAUGCACGGCUCGGUGCGCGUGCGCCUGGCGCUCAAGGGCCUGGGGCUCAACGACCGCCACGUCUGGAAGGCGCCGGCCCUGGACGGGAACUGGCGCCUGCGCAAGACCACCGAGGCGUACCGCGACCCGAUCCCCAGCACGGUGACGACGUGGGAGCUGCCGUCUGCCGCCGCCCCAGCCCCUUCCCACAGCAAAACGCAGCAGACAGACACAGAAGCGACAACGACAACUGCCCACCAGCAACGGCCGCUCUCUGCGCUGCGGGACAGGAAUUACAGAUGGGUCUGGGAGUACUGCGGGUCCGAGAAAGACGCACCGCAGCAGAGGAUCAUGGUCGAGGAGCCGCUAGGGCCGUUCGAGCGGCAGCUGCUCCGCCUGUCGGGGGGCACGCCAAACGUGUACGAGUUUGCUGAGAGCAUCGACCUGGAGGACUAG